AUGCAGACCAUCCAGACUAUAGAGACACAGUUUCCCUUGUUGCGAGAGAUCUUCCACCCUUCUCCUUUCAACCAUCAAGAAGGAGACAGGAGAAAGAGCAGCCUUACAAACCUCAUCAGAAAACAAACACAGAAAGGGUCUGAAUCGAAGCCUCAGCCAUGUGCAGCUUUACCGGGUCGAGCUGAACAUCCCCGGUUUGGCCGGUCAUCCAGCAUCCCAGGAUGCGAGUCACCAAAUCAGUCUUACAGCCGAAUGAGAAGAAGAAAUAAAGAAGGAGAGAGAGAAAAUGUAAAAGAGAAAGUUCCACCCCCCCUUGUGUCUUCCAUCAGAGCAUCACAAGUUACAUCAUCUCAACAGCUGCUCCUAGCUACAAAGAGAGAGAGUGAGGGAUUACAGUGUGAGGGACAGAAAAAGCCAGAGGGUGUGAAGCAUAAAUGGGAGGGAGAGACUAAGCAGCAGAGGCAGAAAGAGCAGGAGUGUCAGGCAGAGAAUACUCGCUCUAGGCAAGGGCUGAUCGCUAAAGGGGUUCACUUGCUGAGGAACAUGGGUAACCAGGAAGCCAAGCAAAAGAAGGCAGGUGCAUCCAGUUCAGAGUGCAUCACAGACAGGCCUGGAUUUGGUCACAAAGAUGCUGAGGGAUCCAGAAAGAUAAAGAAGUCUCCGGACAAAGUCAGGAAAUCUUCUGCCGAUUUGGCUGAGAAGAAAUCCAAGACAGAGAACUCCAGGAGUUCCAUCUUUUCCAACAUCCAUAUCCGGAAGGGAUUUACCUGGAAGACAGGAUCCAUAAACAAUGUGGGGAUUACAGGAAAUAAUGACGAAAGUGGUAGUGGUGAUGGGACCAUUUCAAAGGAGGAUCUAGAAAGCCUUACACCUGACAGUGAUCCAGAAAUGAGUAGGCAGAUUCUAGGAAGUACACAGUCAUCUGUGGAUAUGGGUGCGGAAGAUGGGAUGAGGGAGAGCAGCUGGUCUGGGUCUGAUACUGAUCUCUGCAGCUUCCAUUCCGCCUCUGAAAAUCAAGAUAUGUUGACGGACAUCCAGAGAACCAUCAAAGAGCAGCAGUUGGGCAAUGGAGUAGAGGGACCAAGUUGGACAGAAGGAGGGAAACCUGAGAUCAUCCAUGAUGUGGAGAUUAGUGUAAAGAGUAAAGAUGAAUUCCAGGAAGAUGGGAAUUUGUCUUUAGCCUAUGUACCACAUACGGUUUCUUCUUCCUUUGCUAAUUUUGGUGAUGGAAAAGCUGAAACCUCUCAAAAUAGACCAAGAAGCCAAAGUGUUCAGAGCCCUGGUGGUACAAAGAUAUUGCAUAACCAUAUACUGGCACCUGGCACCCAAACAGGAAGUGGCUUACACAAUCAGAAUCCUAUGAUGACUAUUACAAAAAAAGAAAGCAGCCAGAGCAUUCAAACUAAUUCAAGCAAAGAAACUAGUAGCUCGAGCAUCUUGGACACCCCAACAACCAGCACGUCCUACGAGAGUGCCAAGGGGCAUCUGGAUGACGAUUCAUCUCUCUCAUCCCCAAUUGAUGACGGUCUCCAGGGAAACAAGAGCCUGACUCAAAGUUUGGAUAUCAUUGACUCUAUCAGUCAACUUAGUGAUUUCAGAGAUGACCCAGGAACAUUGAACAGGCAGGCAACUUUCAUGCUACAAAGGAGUAUCGGCACAGUGGAUAACAUUAUGGCACCAGUUAAGGAACCUGAUGUCUUCAUUGAGGAGACAAGGCCAAGCAGUAUUGCCCAGAAAAGGAGGGAAAGUACUGGCACUUCACUUACCCCAGGGUUGUCAGAGACCAUUGUGGAUCAAGGCUCACAACAUAGCAAAACCUCAAGUCCUGGGAUCAAACUGUACCCUACCAUCCAGCCGUCUUAUGUGAAGACCACUACGAGGCAGUUGUCUUCUCCUCCACACUCACCCUAUGCCACUCCUGCUCAAAGCCCCAAGUGUUCACGCAAACUUAGCCAAGACCUUAGUGUGAGUCAGGGGUUACUCAGAACUGAGCGGUCGAGGACACACAGACAGCGCUCCUGUAGUAUUGCCAGUCCAGCUGGUUUUGAUGGUAGCUGGUGUCAGGAUUUUGACGGGUGUCAUGAGCUUUUACGAAGAGAAAACCACACUUUCAGAAAUCAGCAAUCUUCUUCUUGUUUUCAGGCAACUGCCAGAACCACAUUCCAAGAUGUAUUCUUAGGUUGUGCUCUUUUAGAAAGGUUCUCCACUGAUAUUGAUGGUGAAGAUGCUGAGAAGAUUUGUUCACGAUUUCUGGCUUUGGGAAUUCUUCAGCCAUUCGACGACUGCCUCAGAAGGUUGGUCACAGGAAGCGAUGUGGUCGACAGGUCCAGUUUUAAUAAGGAGCAGUUGUACACAUGGGCUCCACUCGGUCAGCCUGAGGCUCAGGCACCAGGGCGAUUACACACCCUCUGGCCUCCAGCCUCUUCUACAGCACAGACCAAGCCCACUGUUCCAGAUCGAAAUUCUAUACAAAUUGAUGAAAUGGAGAAAAUGAUCCAGGAGUUAAGAGAGAAAAUACGAUAUCUGGAGCAAGACCACCGACCCCUGAACCUCCCCUCUGAGAUAUUGACAGGAACGGCAGAUGGUGUUAAUCUUGGUCAUGCGUUUACAAAAAUCAGUAAACGGAUGUCACCUUACCAGUCGAGGUCAGUCCAAACCUCUCCGAUUGAGGAGGACUUCAAGUUUAUAGUGCCUUCAUCCGACCAGUCAGGAGCUUGUGAUUUAACUGACAGCACCACAUCAUCUGUGGUACAGCUACACAAAUGCCAAAUUUUACAACAGGAGGCCACAACACAAAGCUUUGCACCUCCUCUAGCUCCUAUUCUGACUGGUCCAGCUGUAUCCUCAGAUUCUUCUCUUGUGGCCUCAACUUUAGGACCAACGGAGUCAGUAGUACCAGCUCCUCCAUAUCAACCAGCUCCUUGCCUCCUGACAACAUCUGUUAAACGUCUAGUGAAGGUCCCACCUCCUGCCUCACUUCUACUACCUUCAAGCAUUAGACCCCCACAACCACCACCACCACCACCUCUUCAAGGCAUUAGACCUCCACCUCCACCACCUCUUCCAGGCUUUGCACCUCCACCUCCACCACCUCUCCCAGGCUUUGCACCUCCACCUCCACCACCUCUUCCAGGCUGUGGACCUCCAAGUUCAUCACCUCUUUCAGGCUUUGUACCUCCACCUCCACCACCUCUUCCAGGCUGUGGACCUCCACCUCCACCGCCUCUUCCAGGCUUUGUACCUCCACCUCCACCACCUCUUCCAGGCUGUGGACCUCCACCUCCACCACCUCUUCCAGGCUGUGGACCUCCACCUCCACCGCCUCUUCCAGGCUUUGGACCUCCACCUCCACCACCUCCUCCUGGGUGUGGACCUGUUCCUCCACCAUCUCUCAGGUUGAUCUCAGUGGGUUCCUCUCAGGACUCUGUCCCUUUGAAGACAGUCAUAGAGCCCCCACAACCUAUGAAGCCUUUAUACUGGACCAGAAUACAGCUACAUGCCAAAACAGAACCAAACACACCUCUGGUAUGGGAGAAGGUGGAGGAGCCACAUGUUGACUUUGAAGAGUUUGUUGAGCUUUUUGCCAGACGUGCAGUAAAAGAGAAGAAGAAACCAAUCUCUGAUACCAUCUCCAAAUCCAAGACAAGACAGGUGGUGAAGAUUUUAAGUAAUAAGCGUUCCCAGGCUGUAGGAAUCCUGAUGUCCAGUCUACAUUUGGACAUGAAGGACAUUCAGCAUGCCGUCUUGAACAUGGACAACACUGUGGUGGACCUGGAGACGCUUCAGGCGCUGUAUGAAAAUCGAGCGCAGAAAGAGGAAAUGGAUCAGCUCGAGAGACACAUCAAGUCCAGCACAGAGAACGAGGAGGCAAAACCACUAGACAAGCCUGAACAGUUCCUCCUGCAGCUGUCGGAGGUUCCUCAGUUCUCUGAGCGAGUUUUCUGCAUCCUGGUUCAGUCCACAUUCACUGAGAGCAUCAGCUCUGUACAGAGGAAGAUCAGCCUGCUGCAGAGAGUGUGCACGGCUCUGAGAUGGAGUAAAGGUGUGAUGCAGGUUCUCGGGCUGGUUCUCGCAUUGGGGAAUUUCAUGAACGGAGGGAACAGGAGUCGGGGACAAGCAGACGGCUUCACCCUCGACGUCCUACCCAAGCUCAAAGAUGUUAAGAGCAGUGAUAAUUCCCGAAGUCUCCUGUCCUUCAUCGUUUCUUACUAUCUGCGACACUUUAACGAGAAUGCAGGCCAAGACACGUGUGUGUACCCUUUGCCGGAGCCGCAGGACUUUUUCCAGGCGUCACAGAUGAAGUUUGACGACUUCCGGCGUGACCUGUGUAAACUACGCAAGGAUUUAAACGCUUGUUCUUCCAAGACUGAAAAAGUGUGUGCUAUGUCUUCAGAUGAACAUCUACAGCCCUUUAAGAACAAAAUGGAGGAGUUCCUUUGUCAGGCCAGAACUGAGCUGGAGUCUCAGGACAAAGAGCUCACUGAGACACAGAAAAGCUUCCUGGAGCUGAGUGCAUUUUUCUCAGUCAAACCUAAAGGAGAAGAGAAGGAGGUUUCCCCAAACACGUUCUUCUCCGUGUGGGUCGAGUUCUCCUCUGACUUUAAAGACCUGUGGAAAAAAGAGAACAAACUUCUGCUGAAGGAACGGUUAAAUGCAGCUGAAGAGACGAUCAGACAAACACGAGAAAAAACCGCCUACAACGUCAAACCCAAACACGCCUCCGGGAUGAAAGCCAAACUGGGGCAGAAGAUCUGAAGAUUUGCGGUGCUGUUAAACAUUCUUUGUCCUCUUAUACUCCUGAUUAAACGCAUGCUGAGCUAAAUCAUUAGCUGUUGAAAUGAAUCAGCAGUCAAGCCAAACCGAAAUGAGAAACACUGUCUAGUCAUUUUAUAUCAACUAAAGUAGCAAUGAACUAUGAUUUACUGUAUUAUUUCUCUGAGAAAGCAUGUAAUGUUUUGUUUCUUCUGAAAUUGUUAACUAGAAGUUUGCUAUUUAUGAUAGACAAUAAAAAUAUCUGUCAUAGUGUUAAGUGUUCAUAAAAUAAGGUAUUAUGUUUUACUCCAGGUCUUACUAAUCUCACCUGGAAGUCCUUCGAGUGUUUGGGUGUCUGUUGCUAAGCUAGUAGCUUUAACGCAACAUUUUUUGAUGCUGUAGGCGUUUGACACGUACUGUUUAUUAACAGAUAUUAACGCCACAUCGUUUGGCACU